AUGAAACUCACUACAAUCGUUACUGCGCUUGCGGCUGCCAACGCCAUCAGCUUCAAUGUCGUGGAUCGCAUCUUUCAAUCGUCUGUACCUGACCGUGUGUUGAAGGUCGCCGAGAACUCCUUCGUUGCUGCCUCUGAGGCAGAUAAGCUUAGACUCAGAAGAGAGGGUAAACGGUUCAUUGAUGUCACUGAUAGCAUGCCUGUUGAUGAGGCUGUCAGGCAAGGUUUGGUUGCUCAGACUGGGCAUUCAGGAACGCUUUUUUCGUGGUUUGCUAAGAACAUCGAUUCGCUCAAGAGGCCCGUUGCUGAGUACAAUUACCCUACGGAGGCGUCCCAGAACAAGCUUGUGGAGCUGCUUUUGGAAAAAAUUGACAUUGAGAGUGUCAAGGGCAACUUGGCCAAAUUCUCUUCUUUCUAUACACGUUACUAUAAAUCCGAAACUGGCUUGGAAAGUGCCAACUGGUUGUACGCUACCAUUGAGGAUAUAGUCAAGGUUCUCCCAAAUGACGCCUUCACGAUUCGCAAAUUCAAGCACAACGGCUGGGACCAAUACUCUAUUGCCGUGCUGCUCAAGGGUGAAGUCGAGGAUAAGGUUGUUGUGGGUGCUCACCAGGACUCCAUCAAUUUGCUCUUCCCCAACUUGCUUAGAGCUCCUGGCGCAGAUGACGAUGGAUCUGGAACGGUGACAACACUCGAAGCACUUCGUCUCGUGAGUGAUGCCAUUGCCGCUGGCAAGUUCACCCCGUACAACACUUUGGAGUUCCAUUACUACUCCGCCGAGGAAGGAGGCUUGUUGGGCUCUAUUGAUGUCUUUUCCAAGUAUUACACAGAAAAUGCCACUGUUGUCGGUAUGCUUCAGCAGGACAUGACAGGAUACACCCAGGGCACCAUAGAUGCCGGCGUGGAGCCUCAUUUCGGUUUGAUUUCGGACUACACCUCUGUUCGUCUCAACGACUUCAUCAAGUUGAUUGUGAGCAACUACUGCGCAAUUCCCUACCACGAGACUGAGUGUGGUUACGCCUGUUCCGACCAUGCCUCAGCCUUAGAGAACGGCUACCCUGCCAGUUUCUUAAUUGAGAGUGAGUUCAAGUACACGGCUAAGCAGAUUCAUCUGACGAUGGACACCAUGGAUCGUUUGGACUUUGACCACAUCAAGGAGCAUGUCAAGUUGACCGUUGGGUUCGCCGUUGAGUUGUCUCUGGCCCAACACCUCUAG